CAAACUGCAUUGUCAUAAAGAAAUAAAAAAGUAUUAACAGUUAGUGCAGUUUAUCAUGACAAGCAAAUUUCGGUAUCAACCGCACAAAAAUAAAGCUCCAAAAUAUUAUCAAAAAUGAAUCGCCCAACAUCAGAUGCAGUGUUUUGGUUUAUUCAAGAGCUGACUUACAAAAUCGUAGCUGAAAGCGGUAUACCGAGCGACAGAUAUCACCUGGGAAAAAUAUUACUACGCAGUUUGAAAGAUGCUCCAGCUCAUAUAUUGCAGAUAGAUGGAGCAACAGAUGAGAAAGAUACAUUCAAAUCAGCACUCGAUCGAUCCGUAAAAUGUGCAACAGCCUUCAGAAAACUGGGGCUAAAGUACCAAGAUGUAAAAGUCAUAAUGGCACCAAACCACAUCAACCUAGUCAUACCAAUGUACGCUGCCUUGUUCCUCGGGAUUCAGGUUGCUGGAGUAGAUAUGACCUUAAGAGUUAAUGAGCUUCAAGAUACAUUCAAGUGUUGUGUCCCUAAAAUAAUAUUUUGCCAAAGUUCGAAAGUUAAAACUGUUGAACAGGCAUUAAAUUUGUUAAAUAUGUCCGUUCAAAUUAUAUCAUUUGAUGAAAACGAGGAUUGUAUGUCUUUUUCGAAGUUUCUGGAUGUGUAUGGUGGCAAUACUUCGCCAGAAGACUUUAAACCAGCUGAGUUCGACCCUGUGGAAACUCAUGCCUUUUUAAUGACAACCAGCGGCACUACCGGACUACCAAAAACAGCCAUACUGAGUCACAAAAACGUUAUGAUGAGCUUUCCACUUUUAAUGACCUCCCAUACCAAGUUCCCAACACCAGUGAACCUGGUCUUAGUUGUAUCUCCCAUACAAUGGUUAUCAUCAACAUUUGUGUUUAUAAUGGGACCUAUAUCGAGAUUCACGCGACUGCAAACGUCAUCCCCGACGACCCCAGAACACACCUAUUUCAUCAUCAAUAAAUAUAAGCCAGAUAUCACAAAUAUUGGCCCUAAUUCCUUGACAAUGCUUUUAAAUCUUGCUCAUCGGGAGAAGUGUGAUCUCUCUUCUCUUCAGUACAUCAACGUAGGUGGAAGUGUAGUAUCUAAAGAACUCAUUAAAGAAGUUCAGAAAAUAAUACCAAAAUCGCAUAUUAAAAUAUUUUACGGUUUAACUGAAGCAUCGGGCUUUAUUCUCGAUUCCUGCUAUUCUCCACUUGGUUCAGUUGGUGCACCGAUACCACUGUUUCAAUAUAAACUUGUAGAUCUUACCACUAAUGAAGUAAUAAAUAAACCUAACGUACCCGGGGAACUACGUGUUAAAGGUCCCACAGUAUUCCAGGGCUAUUAUAAUAACCCUGAGAUGACAGCAGCUGCUUUUGAUGAAGACGGAUGGUUGAAAUCUGGAGACAUACAUUAUAGAGAUGAAUAUCACAAUUACUAUUUCUUCGAUCGCAUGAAAAUGCUGCUCAAAUAUAUGAACUAUCAGAUUUCACCAGUAGAAAUAGAGUCUGUGAUAAUAAAACAUCCGGGGGUGUUAGAUGUAGCUGUAACUGGUAUACCAGAUGCUGAGUGUGGUGAUCUGCCUGUUGCACUGGUUAUGCUCCGAAAUGGGCACAAUGUUACGGCACAAGAAAUAAAGGAUUUAGUUAAAGAAUCACUGAGUGACUCAAAACAAUUAAGAGGUGGUGUGAUAUUCGUAAAGGAGUUUCCUACGACGUCAUCAUCGAAGGUGGACAGGACGAAAUUAAAAGAAUGGGCCAAGGUUCUCAACAGAGAAUAAAAACAGUGUUUAAAACAAUUCUAUUAACAUACUGUAUGAUGCAGUUCUUCUUUUAUUUGAUUCUCUAAUUGCAGUAUCAUUGUAAAGAUAAAAAUAAAGUACUUGUGUAAGUACGUCAGUUUAUGUGAUGCUUCAAUAGAUAUUAUAGUAUGCGGAAAUAUCAGCUGUCUGAUGUCUUUUCACGUCCCAAUCGCUGAUCCGAUCUCAACGAAAUUUGGCACUAAAUUAGCCCGUAUCCUGGUCAUGGGUACCAUAGAUUACUUUAAAUUUCAUCUCAAAAAAAUAUCGUACAAAUAAAAAAAUGAUUUGAAAAGACGUACCUAGUUUUCACGCCCACAUAGUCGUGGGAACAGCUAGUAUUAUAAGCCUACUUAAAAAUAAAGCUUUGAAAUAUGAAA